UCCCGUCUUGAGGAGGCCCCUCCGGGCGUGAGGGGCUGCGCUUGCCGCACUUUCAGGCCGCUGCUCCGGCGGCGCCUGAGAAGCGCCGAGGCGAGCUGGGGCGGUGGCCCCGUUCCCUCAGGGACGGCGUAGCCGGCAGUUCCUGCGCCGCCGCCCAGGGCCGGCCAUGGCAAGGCCUGCAGCUGCCUAUGAGGCGGCGGUGCCGCCCCGCCCCGCCUGCACCUACACCAGCUGCUAUUGUGAAGAAAAUGUUUGGAAACUUUGUGACUACAUCAGGAGCCAGGAUCAAUACCCUUUAGAAGAAUUUUAUGCUGUUUUCAUAUCCAAUGAUAGGAGGAUGAUUCCACUCUGGAAGCAGAAAUCAGGACAUGGAGAUGAGCCUGUUGUCUGGGACUACCAUGUUAUCCUACUUCAUGUUUCCAGCGGGGAGCAGAACUUCAUUUAUGAUCUUGACACAGUGUUGCCGUUUCCGUGUCCUUUUGAUGUGUACAGUGUGGAGGCCUUUAGGUUGGAUGACAGCCUUCGUCCCGAAUUUCACAGGAAAAUCAGGAUGAUUCGAGCAGAUUUGUACUUGAAGACAUUUGCUUCUGACAGAUCUCAUAUGAAAGAUGCAAAUGGGAAAUGGCAGAAACCUCCUCCUUCAUACCCUUGCAUUGAAACUGCAGACUCCAAGAUGAACUUGGAUGAUUUCAUCAGUAUGAAUCCCAAAGUGGGAUGGGGCUCAGUGUUCCCCCUUCCAGACUUUGUGCAUCGAUUUGGCAAACACACUGAUUACAGCUAUUCCUUGGAAGGACAGUGAAGUGAACAAAAGUCCUCCCUGCUUCUCUUUUAAGUGGAUGUGUUUUGGUUUGCUGCUUUUACAUUUUAUUUAUGGUUUACAUUUCUGUACAUGGAAUAAGUAUUUGGGAAAAUAGAAUACCCCAUCAGAAAUGUCAUGAACUGAAUAAAAACUUUUAUUUUGAUAAUAGAAGAAUGAACUUGUUUGUUAACGUCAGCUUGAAGGCAGACAUCCCACCAUAAGAAUAUUACUUUUCCAUCUACUGUGCCCAAAGUGAAAAGAGCAUUUACACACUGUAUGAAAAUACAUGCAUAAAAUACUGGACAACAU